AUGGCCGGCGAAGGAGACGACGUCAAGCUGCUGGGCGCGGCGGUGAGCCCGUUCGCGGUCCGCGUGCGAAUGGCGCUGCACCUCAAGGGCGUGAGCUACGAGUACCUGGAGCAGGACCUGUUCGACAAGGGUGAGCUCCUCCUCGCCACCAACCCGGUGCUCAAGAAGGUCCCCGUGCUCAUCCACGCAGGCAGGCCCGUCUGCGAGUCGCUCGCCAUCGUCAAGUACGUUGACGAGGUCUGGGCUGACGGCGCCUCGCUCCUCCCUGCCGACCAUUACGGCCGCGCCGUCGCCCGCUUCUGGGCCGCCUACAUUGAUGACAAGCUGUUCCCCGCGUGGAUAGGCAUCCUACGCGCCGCCACGGAGGAGGACAGAGCCGAGAAGCUUGAGGCCGCGCUCGCGGUGGUCCGGCCCAUGGAGGACGCCCUCGCCCAAUGCUCUGGUGGGAAGGACUUCUUCGCCGGCGACUCCGUCGGGUACCUCGACCUUGCGCUCAGGUGCAACCUCUUCUGGUUCAAGGCGUUGCGGGAGAUGUACGGCGUGACGGUCAUCGACGCCAACAAGACUCCGCGCUUGGCCGCCUGGGCUGAGAGGUUCGAGCAGACGGAGGCAGGGAAGGAGGCGGCCACGCCCAUGAAGAGUAUGGUUGAGCACGCCGGGAAGCUGCGGGCUAUGUGGGCUGCUGCUGCUGCAGCUGCCAAGUAA